AUGGUUGGAGCUGGUGGAAUAGGAUGUGAAUUAUUGAAGAACUUGGUCCUAUCCCAAUAUGGUGAAAUACACAUAGUUGAUCUUGAUACUAUUACUUUAUCAAAUUUAAAUAGGCAAUUUUUAUUUCGACCAAAAGAUAUAGAUAAGUCCAAGUCGUUAACUGUGGUGAAAGCAGUCGAGGCGUUUAAUUAUCAUAAUACCAAAUUAGUCCCACAUCAUGGCAACAUCAUGGAUACAAAUCAGUUUCCAAUAGCAUGGUGGGAUCAGUUUAGCUAUGUUUUUAAUGCAUUGGACAAUUUGGAAGCUAGAAGAUAUGUGAACAAGAUGUGUCUUUUCUUGAAAAAACCAUUAAUGGAAAGUGGAACAACUGGAUACGAUGGUCAAGUUCAACCUAUAUUUCCUUAUUAUAGUGAAUGCUUUGAAUGUCAAGCAAAGGCUACUCCAAAGACAUAUCCAGUCUGUACAAUUAGAUCAACUCCUUCACAACCUGUUCACUGUAUUACUUGGGCAAAAGAAUUUUUGUUUCACCAACUUUUUGAUGAAUCCUCAUCUACUGUAACAACAGAACAAUCCAAAGAGCAACAACGUAAGAAAUUAGAGGAAGAAACGAAUGAUAAACAGGAAAUUGAAAAUAUGUUGAAAGAAAGUAACGAAUUGAGUGAAUUGCGCCAAUUGAUAAAAGCGCCAGAAUUAGACGACCGCAAGCAAUUCAUUCAUAGAACUAUUAUAAAAAUAUUUAAGGUUGAUAUUGAAAGAUUGUUGCGUAUUGAUUCUUUGUGGAAAACAAGAGUGAAGCCCGUUCCGUUGCAGUUUGAUGAAUCUUAUGCGCACGAGUUAAGCAGCUUAUUAUCUGAUAAAGCAAAUGAAAAUAUAAUUAACAGAGAUACCCAGGUAUGGUCAUUGGUAGAAAACUUAUAUGUUUUUUAUAAAUCUAGCGAAAAUUUACAGAAACGAUUGAAUGAAUCGGAAACCUUUGUUUCAUUUGAUAAGGACGAUGAAGAUACUCUUAAUUUCGUGGUGGCUGCAGCGAACAUUAGAUGUAGUAUAUUUAAUAUUGAGGUGAAGAGUAAGUUUGAUAUCAAGCAAAUAGCAGGGAACAUUAUACCAGCUAUAGCAACAACAAAUGCUAUAAUAUCUGGCUUCUCAAGUUUGGGAGCAUUAAGCUUUUAUAAAUCUCAAGUUGAAAACAAUGAUUUUGGUAAUAUACUGAGUGAUUCAUCUACCGUAUUUGUCAGUAUCAGACCUAACAAAUAUAUCACUUCAGCAUCAUUAGUUGGUCCAGGAGAUCAGUGCCCAAGUUGCUCACUUUCCAGAGGAUUGCUUAACCUAAAUGAAGACGAACUAAACACAUGGACCUUAAAGGAUUUGGUAGACAAGUUAAUCCAUUCUUACGGGUACAAUGACGAUGUUUCCAUAAUUCUAGGUCAGUCGAAGUUAAUCUAUGAUUUUGACUUUGAUGACAAUUUAGAUAAAAAAUUGAGUGAGAUAAAUGGAUUUAGGAAUGGCGAACUACUUUUAGUUCAAGAUGAAGAUGAUAUUCUUGAAAAUAUGGAAUUGUACAUUAAUACUGCUCCUGUAGAUUCAAGUAAUUUACCAAUAAUAAAGUUACGUCCGAAGAAACAAAACGUUGGUAUACCAGAGGAAAAUGAAGAAGAUCAAUACAAAGAAAUAAUAACCCAAGAUGAUGCUAUAAUGAUCGAAGAUGAAGAAGAGUUGAUCAUCAACGACAACGAGGACUCUGAGUCGAAAAAACGUAAGGCUGAACCCUUGGAAGCCAACGGCAAAAAGUUCAAAGUGUAA